AUGGAUGCCAGGGCUCUCUUAGAGCGUUGGGAUCGCUCAGGAGUCUUCGAUUCGGAAUCCUCUAGUGAGGAUGAGGAUGAUGACAACGCUGACAAAUCUGGCCGUAUCCCAGAUAACCCUGGGCUUCUCCCUCCAGAUCCAGCCAAAGAGCAAAUCCGACAUCUAGAACAGUCGUACGCCUACCAAAGUGUUCGCCAGCGCGCUGCUGCUGGUAUCAUCAAACGUAAUGUUCUGGCUUGGGUGAGAUCGAAGGCUUCUUUCUGUGAGCGCGUAGCGGAAAUUGAAAUGUUCGGCCGUACAACUGAAGCGCUGUUAAAAGAGCUGAGCCUGACAUCCGCGGCUCUUGCUGGGGCCAACUCAAACGGAAACACUGACAUAUUUGCACUUGCAAGUGGACGGUGCGAUCCAAAAUCCAGAUACAGCAACACUAUUGCUUUCAAAGACUUGCUCCAGUUCUCGAAACACAUGGCGCUUUUUCCAGUCGAUCAGGCACUCCGCACCGUGGAAGAUGUUACUCGACGCCGAUAUCUCUUUGACUCGCGCUGCGCGAUGAAAAUUCAGUCCAUAUGGCGCCAAGUGCGUGAG